ACUCCCGGCAUGCACACUGGAGGUCCAAUUAUUGCUAAUGGCGGGUAUUUAUACGAAAUAUGCGUAUUUUAAGCUGUCGUUUGCUAACUGUAUAUAUUAAUAUAAAACUGGGGAUUUGAAAUUGAUAGUCGCCGUGUAUUCCGAAGCAUAUUCGAAGAUAAACAAAGGGAAGGACCUGAAUUACAGGACUAAAGCUAGAAGAAGACAUUAACUGUUAUCAUCAUGUGGCUGCUAACGUUAUCUGUUAACGACACAAACUGAAACUGAGUAGGAAGACUUUAGUAGCGAUGUUAGCUCACCUAAACGUGUGUCCCAGAGCCACAACUCCAAAACUACUUGCACAAACAGUUCACUUAAUGGGAAGGGGGAAGUUUUGCUAGUACAGAAUAUAAGCGUUCAUUCAUUCGGAUGUUGGUUUCAUUGCCAAAAAAAUCACCGCAAUCUCAUAAAACGGAAAUGGUUCAGUUAAAGUUAUCAGUGUUGGUAUUGCUAUUAUUAAAAAUCGUGAUUCAAGUUAACGGUACCUCGAAACUAAAUAUUCCCAAAGUGUUGCUACCGCUUGCUAGAAGUACAAAGAUUAACUUCACAUUGGAAACUACUGAAGGGUGCUACAGAUGGUCCUCCACCAGACCAGAGGUAGCAAGCAUCCAGGCUGUGGACGAAGAGACGAGCAGAGGCUGCUCCCGGAGAGCUGUUCUCCAGGCUCUCUCCACCCAGCCUUCCAGACUGACCAGCAUCAUUCUGGCUGAAGAUGUUGUCACAGGACAGGUGCUGCGUUGUGACGCUAUUGUCGACAUCAUCAGUGAGAUCCGGAUAGUGUCGACCACCAGGGAGUUACAUCUUGAGGACUCCCCACUGGCACUCAAAAUUCAUGCACUGGACUCUGAAGGAAACACCUUCAGCACCCUGGCAGGUCUAGUGUUUGAUUGGACCCUAGUGAAAGACGUAGAUGUGAAUGGAUUCUCUGACUCUUACAAUUCGUUAAGGGUUCUUAAAUUCUCUGAGUCUACAUACACACCCCAUGGAUAUAUAUCUGAAAUGGAGCGUGUUGGGAAACAGGGCGAUAUUAUUUUGGUGUCAGGACUGAAAACAGGACAUGCUAAAUUGAAGGCUAAAAUACAAGAGCCAUUAUAUAAGGAUGUGGGUGCAGCAGAGGUGAGACUGCUGAUUUUAGAGAACAUCCUGCUGAUUCCUGCACAUGAUGUCUACUUGCUGGCGGGAACUUCCAUCCGAUACAAAGUCCUGAAGAUAAGACAGGGCACAAUCACAGAGCUCUCUAUGCCUUGUGAUCAGUAUGAACUGCACCUUCAGAACAGUGUUGUUGGCCCUAAUGGCAACCAAGGCGUUGCUGUGGCCAGUCUGGAUCAAAGCACCUCCAAAGUUACGGCAGUUCAACUGGGACACAUCAACGUGGUGCUGGAUCACAAGAGCCUUCGAAUGCAAGGAGUGUCUCACCUACCCAACAGCACGCUGUAUGUGGUUGAACCAGGCUACCUAGGUUUUAAAAUCCAUCCAGGGGACAGCUGGGUUCUUGAAACAGGCAGAGUUUAUGAUAUCCUCAUUGAAGUAUUUGAUAAAUCCGGCAGAAAAAUAUACCUCUCUGAUAAUGUCCGUAUUGGCACUGGCUUCCCUGCGGAGUACUUUGAACUCCUGGAGUCUUCUCAGAAUGGAUCAUAUCAUCGCGUCAAGGCGCUCCAAGAAGGCCUAACUCUCAUUGAUGCUACUCUAAAAGCUGUCGUGGAUGAAACUGGAAGGGUCCACACACUCGCCAACCCAGUCCACAAUGAACAGGAUGUAGAAAUAUAUAACCCUAUAGUGCUUAGUCCCAGUAUUCUCACAUUUCCAUGGCAGCCCAAGGUUGGAGCUUAUCAGUACACAAUAAAGGCGACAGGAGGGAGUGGAAAUUUCAGCUGGUCUUCCUCCAAUACAGCUGUCGCCACAGUGACUGUGAAAGGAGUGAUGACAACAGUCAGUGACAUUGGCCUCAGUGUAGUUUAUGCUCACGAUCUACGCAACCCACUACACUUUGGCCAGAUGAAGGUGUAUGUUGUGGAGCCCGUGGCCAUGGACUUUGCUCCCUGCCCAGUAGAGGCCAGGGUGGGCCUGGUUCUGGAUCUGCCCCUCCGGAUUUUAGGUCUGCUGGAGGAAGUGGAGAAAGAGCGGGUCAUGUUAAGCGACUGCUCCCACUUUGACCUGCAGGUUGAAGAGGAGAACCACGGCGUCUUCCAACUGCUACAGGGGAGGAUGGCUCCAGGCCAGGACCACUGCAGUGGGGUGAGAGCCAAAGCCCUGGCCCCUGGGUACACCAUGCUAACUGUCAGCUACACCCACGGCAACGUUCACCUCAGUGCCAAGAUCACCAUUGCUGCCUAUCUUCCUCUCAGAGCGAUUGACCCCGUAUCUGUGGCCGUGGUAACCCUGGGAUCCUCCAAAGACAUGUUGUUUGACGGCGGGCCACGACCUUGGGUUUUAGAGCCCUCAAAGUUCUUCUGCAACUUGAGAGCUGAGGAUGAGGCCAGUGUGAGCCUUACUCUGACCAGUCCCUCAUCUCACAACUACAAUCAGCACUGGGUCAGAGCAACCUGCAGGGCCCUGGGAGAACAGGUGCUGGAGGUGAUGGUGGGAAACAAGCCCAGUGUGACCAAUCCUUAUCCUGCUGUGGAGCCAGCAGUCGUCAAGUUUGUAUGUGCCCCUCCGUCUCGCUUCACCUUGGUCCCAGUGUAUACCAGCCCACAGCUGGACCUGACCUGCCCACUGCUGCAGCAGAACAAACAAGUGGUACCUGUUUCAAAUUACCGAAACCCCAUUUUGGACAUGGCUGCUUUUGAUCAACAAGGAAGGAAGUUUGACAACUUCAGCUCUCUGAGCAUGCUGUGGGAAUCAACCAUGGUGUCAGUGGCCAGUAUUGAACCUUCUAUGCCCAUGGAGCUUCUACUGUUCGAGGAAGGCAACAAACAGAUGAAACUUCACGGACGUCGGACAGUUCUUGUCCAUCAUCAGACAGGCAUUGCAGCCAUCACAGUGACAGCUCUGGAGUACCAGGCUUCACAUCUCACAGCAGCCAACGUUCCCAGUCCAUUUGACCCCUUGACCCCUGUCUCAGCCACACUGGAGCUCCUGUUGGUUGAAGAUGUGAAAGUUUCCCCUGACACAGUGACCAUAUACAACCACCCUGAUGUGCAGGCAAGCUUGGCCCUGCGAGAAGGUUCCGGUUAUUUUUUUGUCAAUACCAGUGUUAAAGGAAUAGUGGAUGUGGUAUUUCAGGAGGCCCAGGGAACUGCUCAGGUUUCUCCCAUCCACCCAGGGGAGGUGAAGGUCAUGGUCCAUGACCUUUGUUUAGCAUUUCCAGCACCUGCCAAGGCCACCGUAUAUGUUUCUGACAUCCUGGAAGUUUAUGUGCGAGUGGUUGACAAGGUGGAGAUUGGCAAGUCUGUGAGAGCCUAUGUCAGAGUCUUGGAUGAUAAUAAGAAGCCCUUCCCAGCCAGCUAUUUCCAUUUCAUGAAUCUUAAACUCAAGGCAGCUUCUGCGAUAGUCUCUCUAAAAUCAUUAGUGGAAUCCACAGAAAAUGAUACAGCUGUUUUCCUGGUGAAAGGGGUUUCAAUUGGUCAGACCACUCUCUCAGCUGUUGUUGUGGAUAAAAAUGGGAGAAAAAUUGCAUCCGCACCUCAGCAAAUUGAGGUAUUUCCACCAUUCAAACUCAUCCCAAGGAAAAUGACUUUGUUAAUUGGAGCAAUGAUGCAGAUCACAUCUGAGGGUGGCCCUCAGCCUCAGUCCAAUAUCCUUUUCUCUAUUUCUAAUGAGAAGAUAGCUUCUGUUAAUGGCAUGGGCCAUGUCAGAGGUGGUACUAUUGGUAAUGUCACUGUGACUGGACUAGUCCAAGCUGUUGAUGCAGAGACUGGCAAGCUAAUCGUUGUGUCUCAGGAUCAAGUAGAAGUUGAGGUGGUGCAAUUGACGGCCAUUCGAAUCAGGGCACCUAUCACAAGAAUGAAGACAGGAGCACAGAUGCCUGUAUAUGUGAUGGGUCUGACCAAUAGUCAAACACCCUUCUCCUUUGGCAGUGCUGUACCUGGCCUCACCUUCCACUGGUCCACCACCAAGAGAGACAUCCUGGAUGUCCAGCCAAGACACAUUGAGGCUAACGUGGAGCUCCAGUCUGCGCACAACUUUGGCAUGAGGGUAACUGGAAGAACGAGAGGGAGGACAGGGCUGAACGUGGUGCUCAAAGUUACCGACUCCAAGGCUGGACAACUAUUGGGGAAUCUGCAUGAGCUAAGAGAUGAGAUACAGAUACAGGUCUAUGACAAACUACACAUGCUUAAUCCUGAAGUGGAGGCUGGAGAGUUACUGAUGGCUCCAAACUCAGCCCUCAAACUCCAAACUAACAGGGAUGGUGUGGGUACACUCUCUUACCGGAUGCUGGAUUGCCCUGACCAGGUUGUUAUCGCUCAAGUGGAUGAUAAGGGCUUCCUCUUCUCUGGUUCUCUCACUGGCAUCUCCUCUCUGCUGAUCACUUCACAAGAGACCUUUGGUGUCAAUCAAACUCUCAUCCUUGCUUUGAAGGUGGUGCCUGUGUCCUACGUACGUUUCAGUACCAGUCCAGUGCUCUACACGCACACCAGAGAGAGACUGAAGGCCUUCCCUCUGGGCACAGUGCUCACCUUCACUGUCCACUUUCAUGCCAGUACUGGAGAGGCCCUACACAGCUCCAACUCCCACCUUACGUUUUCCACAAACAGAGAUGACCUAGUGCAGGUGGGGAUUGGGCCUGGUAACCACACUCUGACAGUAAGGACGAUCAACGUAGGCCUCACUCUUCUUGCAGUGUGGGACAGUGAAAAUGUGGGUGUGGCGGACUAUGUUCCACUACCUGUCGAGCAUGCUAUCCACCCACAUGAGGCCCACAGACUGGUGGUGGGGGAUGUGGUUUGCUUCGCUGCCCAGUUAACCAGCUCAGAUGGUGGUCAUGGUACUUGGAGCUCCUCAUCUAAUGGCGUUCUUCAGGUGGACCCUAAAAGCGGUGCAGCAGUAGCCAGAGAUUCUGGGACAGUUACUGUGUACUAUGAGAUACCUGGUAUUUUGAAAACAUACAGAGAGGUAGUAGUAGAAGCAGCGACAAGGACAGCAGCCAUGGCGCAUGCUACACCUGUCAGGAACGGCAAGGAAACAAAGGUCCAACUCACUACCAGAGAGAGAGGAACCAACCUCGUUGGAACCUGUUCCUCUUCCCAGACUGAAGCAAUUUCUCAGCUGAAGCCAGAAACCUCUGUCAGUUGCCAUCUCAGCUUUACCAGUGAGGCUGUUGACUUCUCUGCUAAUGGUGUCUUCAAAACACACACCAGCUUUGACCCCAGCAUUGGCCACUACACGUGUUCCAUGACUUUGCAGCCAAUGACUGACCAACAAACCCGUGUGCUCAGCAUGUCCAUGACCAACCUGCUAGUGAGGGCAGUCCUGGAGGGCAGUGCCUUCUCUGGGGAACAAGUCAGCACUGUGCUGCCUAUAGAGCCAGGCCUCUACUCUGACCAGACCGAGUUGCUGCUCUCGAACCUGCACCCAUCAGCUGAGCUCACAGUCUACGGCCCCACUGCCGCCCUGUCCAACAUGGAGGUGGUGUCUACAUCUCCCGACAUUGCUAUCCAAGAGAAGGAAGUACACCAUGACUUCCCAAGUUUCUCAAAGUACACAGUUAGCGCUGUUGACCCUCAGACAGCGGUCUCUGCCUCCAUUUCCAUAAGCAGCACUUCCUGCAGCCAGACUCUCGUCAUCCCAGUCACGAUCCACGUGGCCGACUCCAACACUGCCAAGCAAGCAGCUCCUCUUCAAGUUGGUAACAUAGAGGGGGGCCACACCCUGCACAGCUUCAUAAACAGCUACCAGAUGAUGUUCUUCACUCUGUUUGCUCUACUGGCCGGUACAGCUAUCAUCAUUAUAGUCAUCCACACUGUGUUCUCUCCGAGAGAACAAGCUUAUCAUCCUGCUUUCAGGACACCACCUAUCUCAGGUUUAGACUCUCCAGUAGCAAAUUCCUUCAAUCAAAGAAUACCGUGGACGGACCCAAACAGCAGCCCGAGGUCGCGUCUCUAUUCUCCAGACUACAGGUCCUGAUAAAGCUCUCUGACUUUCUGGUCUGUAUUCUUCGAAGGUAGAACACCACAGGCCAUAAAUGCAUUUUGAAUGUGCCUCUGUCCCUCAGUAUUAAAGCUGUUGGAUGUGACUGCAAAAUAUAAUUUUUUUUUCAACUGUAUUCACAUGUUGGUACAGAUGCUUAAAAGAAACUGCUGGAUAACAGGGCUGUUCUCGUAUGCGCGUGUGUGUGUGUAUGGUUUGACAUGGAAAUCGUUUUUAUACAAAACCACUGUUAUUAACUGACAUCUUUCAGAGUAUGAAGAAUGCUUAUUAGAAAAAUCAAUAGUUUAUGCUUAAAUAAGGUUUAAUUUUGUGUUUGUUUGCCUUUUACUUGUGUGCCACUUAUCAUAUUUGACAUGUGAAAUUUAGUAACUCAGGAUGAACCUCAUUCUUGUAUUACAAAAAGUAAACGUUACCUUGACAAUGUUUAUUUUGGUGAACAUAAAACGUCCUUCGUUAUGUUGUAGCUUAUACAUUUUGUGAAAAUGCCGUCCACUGAAUCGGUCCUCCUCAUAACCCUUCAAAUGUGCAAACGUUUUUGUGUUUUUUUUCUGUUUUGGGCAUUUCUGGGGAAAUUUAACUUCCCGUUUCCUCAACAUUGCGGAGUUUUUGAGCCACAAUACGUGCAGCUCCUAUCUAAUUAAUUAAUUAAUUAAUUAAUGUGAAACAGUGAAGAAAUGUGAACCAUCAUUCAGUUUUUAUCCUGGUGUUAAUUCAGUGCAAAAGCAAUCAAAUGUGACAUGGUCUCAUUUCUGAAUAUGUAAUAUUUCUGUUUCAGUUAAAGAGAAGAGAAUACUGUAGCACUGUUGAUAUUCCGGGACAUACGAUACUUUGUUGUGACUUUAAAUAAAAUAUUUUUCUAAUGGAUGGAAAAUGUUAACCAGGAGAACUGUAUUUAUGAUAGCUAGUGAAAUUCAGUUUUAUUGUAAGAGGAGUAUGUGUGAUGAUCAAAUGUUUUCAGUGUUUUUUUUUUUGUGUGUGUAAGAUUCAUAGCCAUGCCUUACAUUCAUAUGUAAACAGCUUUUGGUCACAUAACACAGACAUGAGUUUGUUUGCUUGUAUGAAUACACUCUUGCCUUUGCUAAUUAAAGUUUUUACUUUUCAUGUUCAGCA